UCAAUUUAUAAAAUGGAUCCACAAAUUCUGUCGCCAGCAUCAUAUGGGAACAGGGCUCCACAAAAGAAGAAGAAGCCGAAAAAGCCGAGCGCCGAGUUGCCGAGCAGACACUCGACGAGAAGUGAUGAAAAUUCGGGGAAAAUCGAGCCGGGGACGGAGCAUAUGAGCUCCGGGCAGCGGAAAAACUUGAAACUGUUGAAAUCAGAUGAAAGAGCUCGAGUUAUCGAUGCGAGAGCCGUUCUGGACUCGGCUCAGAAGCAUUUGGCAACACUUUUGAAGAAUGGAGGAAAAGGUGGAGAUGAGGAUAUUGAUGAGCUCAUUUUCAAUCGAGAAGCUGAGAUUCCUGUCGAGCCAAUUCGCAAAGGAAAGUGCCCGUUUUAUUUUGAUCAGAGAAUCCUAACAAUCGUUGGACGAGUUGGCGAAGUUCCCGUGCAGCACUGGUUCGCCAUCUACAACACAUCUCCGUUCCCGUAUAUGUUCAAGAUUAAAUGCUCAGAUAACAGUCUUUUCAAGAUUCAUCCCGUCUGUGGCGUUCUUGAUGCAUUGUGUGAUGCAGAGAUUUCGGUUACCUUUGUCGGCGCCCAUGUUCCACCACGCUACACAUCAUACUUAUCGAUUCAUUCAAUGCUUCCUGAUCCGCUUUUCUUGGAUGUACCGCAAGCGUUCCGUAAUCGUCGUAACUUUGAGACUCGGCAGCGGCUCUACGUGGAAUAUGCAUACCACGAAGAUCCUAUACUCGUGACAGCGGAGGAAGACAGGGACCAAUUUCACUUCCAGUACAUGCGAAAAGUAUUGAAAACAGACGAAGCAGAAUCGUUUGCUAAAAAACUGAAAGCAGAGAAAGUAGAGCGGUUGGAUAAGAAAAUUGAUGAGAUUAAAGCAAGAAAAAUUGAUGAAAAAUUGAUCGAGCGAGAAAUCGUAAGAGCGGAAUCGCCAAAAUUCGAACCAAAAACCAGACGGCUCCGCGUGGAAAAGUUCUUCAAUCAGCAGAAGCAGAAAAAAGAGAAUGAAUGGAUGGAAAAGCUGAAGGUGGAUGCGUCGCGGAAGCCUAUGCUAAGCCAUUGGGAUUUGGAGAUGAAAAAUAUUAAAGCAGAGAAGAAAAAGAUUGGUGCAGUGAAGAAAAAGAUUAAAGCAGAGAAGAAAGAGGACAAGAAGAAGCCGAUGGGAUGGAUGUCAACUUUGAAGAUGGAACGGGAUGAGAGAAGAACUAAGAGAAAGGAGGAAGAAGAGAAGAAAAAGAAGGAUGCCGAAGAGAAGAAGAAGAAAGAUGCCGAAGAGAAGAAGAAGAAGGAUGCUGAAGAUGAGAAGAAGAAGGAUGCAGGAGAUGAGAAGAAGAAGGAUGCUGAAGAUGAGAAGAAGAAGGAUGCUGGAGAUGAGAAGAAGAAGAAGGAUGCUGGAGAGAAGAAAAAGAAGGAUGCCGAAGAGAAGAAGAAAGUUGCGGAAGAGGAGAAGAAGUCGUAGAAAUGGCGUGACGAUGGCAAUAAGAAAGAACAGAAAACUUUGAAGCAAUCAAAAUAAUGAUCUGAUUUGCAAUAAAUUUGAUAAUUA